UGCCCUCCCCAAAUUGCCAUAGAAAUAUCAGGACCAGAUCGACUUCUGCACAAUAGUAUCCCAUUAAGGAAUUUGAAGAGAGAGAGAGACAGAGAGAGAGAGGAAAGAGAGAGAGAGAUAUGGAAGUAGUGAAUUUGGAAGUGGAGGAGAUGGAGGUAGAGGAGCAGGUGAGUAAGAAGAUGAAGAAGGAAGAUGGGUCGGCGGCGGCGGCGGUGAUACGGUGGGAGAGGUUUCUUCCGACGACGUCGGUUCUGAGAGUGUUGUUGGUGGAAGCCGACGACUCGACACGCCAGAUUAUAUCGGCACUUCUCAGGAAAUGCAGUUACAGAGUUACAGCAGUUCCUGAUGGCUUGAAGGCAUGGGAAGUACUGAAGGGAAAACCUCAUAACAUAGAUCUCAUAUUGACAGAAAUUGAAUUGCCAUCAAUCUCUGGAUUUGCACUUCUUACCUUGGUUAUGGAGCAUGAGACCUGCAAAAACAUUCCUGUUAUAAUGAUGUCCUUGAAUGAUUCGGUUAGCAUGGUCUAUAAAUGCAUGAUGAGAGGUGCUGCAGACUUUCUUGUCAAGCCCUUGCGAAAAAAUGAGCUGAGGAACUUGUGGCAGCAUGUUUGGAGAAGACAAGCUUCACCUAAGAGUGGCCAUGGGUCUCAGAAUGAGAAUGUUGCACAACAGAAGGUUGAAACCACGGGAGAAAAUGAUGCUGCUAGCAAUCAGUCAAGUCGUUGUAUGGCCUGUAGUCAGAGAAAUAAGGAUUGUGUUGAGAAAGGGAGGGAUGCUCAGAGCUCUUGCACUAAGCCAGAUUCGGAAGAUGAUAGUAGAUCUGAAGAAAAUAUGAAGGACAUCUCACAGCCCAAAUCGAGCAAAUCUCCUGAGGGCGACAUGGCAACACUGAAGCAUGAAGAAUGUGUCGAAUCAGCAAGUAAAUUGCUGAUGCAGGAUUGCGAAGACAUGGUUAUAGAUGAUAAUGCAAUGGCUAAGGGAGAAGAUGUGGUGGCUGAAAGCCAACAGGAGCAUGCUCAUAUCUCCAGUGAAGCUACUGAUAAUCAUGUCGUCUUUGUCAGUUGUGCUAGAGAAGCCAUUGACUUGAUAGGAGGAUUUGACAACUACCCAAAGUGCAGUUAUAGAAGCUUUGAAAAUAUCGGUUCAAACAAGGUUGGUUCUUCGCUGCUGUUGGAUCUUUCCUUGAGGAGAUUGAAUACAAGUGGCUCUGUCAAUCAAGUUAGUGAUGAAAGGCAAACAUUGAACCACUCUGACGCAUCAGCCUUCUCUCGGUAUAUUAACCAGGCAUUGCAGCCCCUACACUCAUCAGCUAGCAAUUGUAAUCAGCAGAAAGACCACAGAACUAAUGCCAACACACAAUUAUAUGCUCAUACCACUAAUUAUAACUCCAACACUCGUGAUUCGGCACAAAGUUCUCCGGAAAACAUGCUCUCUCUGGCCACUGGUCAAUAUGGACAAUCUGAAGUUGCUUACCCUUGUCCCCAAAAAACAGUAACUGUCCCAAUUCCAAUGAGUGGCAUAAGGUUUGACAAUCUAUGCACUCCCAAUGGCUCUGAAGUCCGUCCCCUAUUUUUUACACAAUCUGGCCUAGCAAAGGCGGAGAAUCCGGGUUUAGCUCGCAAUCAGGAACUGACUUUCCAAGCAAAUUCCUUUCAUCCAUACAAUCCUGAAACCAGCAGCGGUCGGCAGUUCCAUAACCUGGUUGAUCAAAAUGGAAACAGUUCCUUGAACCAAACGGAGCACAAGAAGAGGUACCAGUUGGAAUCUUCGGAGGAUCAAAGGAAUUUCUCAUCUGCCACUGAUCAGAGUGGCAGCAGCAGUUUUUGUAAUAGUAAUGGAAAUGUCGACCAAGUUGCGGUUGUCCCUAAUGCUACGGAGAGUGGAAAUGAAAACAGCCAUCGAUCUGCCCAGAGAGAAGUGGCUCUAACCAAAUUCCGGUUGAAGCGAAAAGACAGAUGCUAUGAGAAGAAGGUUCGAUACGAAAGCAGGAAAAAACUAGCAGAGCAGCGACCACGGGUGAAAGGACAAUUCGUUCGCCAUGUGCAUACUGAGCCAGAACUUGUAGAAAGAGAGAGCCAGUGUUGCAAUUAGUAGAUGGUAGCUAGCUAUUCACAGCCUGAUUUGGACAGUAGGAGCUACAGGUGCCACUGUAUUCCAAGAUAUUGAAUUUGUUCAUAGAGAUCAUCCCGAACAGAGAGGGGAUGAAGGUUAAGGGAUACAUCGUCCAUGCUAACAUCACUAGCUUGUUAGUUUCAGUUUCCCACAUGUAUGAUUAAUCACUGUGUGUUUUCAUUUUUUCUUUGUAGAAUAGCUUGUAAUUUCUUGAUAGCUCCUUCACUAUAUGUAUGAAGGGGUUAAUCUCCAUGAGAUUAAUUUCCUUCUUCUGUUCAUAUGGGUAAGUUCUUCCCAAGAUCGAUAUGCGAAGCAGGUGUAACUCCUUCAUUCUUUCAUCACUGAAUGGAUUGAGAUUCAACCAGCUA